CAAAUGCACAUGGAUACUUCCAAUGUAUAAUUUCCUUGUUUAAAUUAUGCCCAUUAGUUUUAGGUUGAAAUUGUCAUACUAUGGCAUUUAUGUUUUUCCAGACACUGUUGAUCAUAGUAUCUAUAGGUUAUCUGCAUGCUGAUGACAGUGAUGGUGUACAAGAGGCAACUUUAUGUGAAGUUUGUAGAAUUUUGGCUGAGGAAUUACAGUUAAGGCUAGAUGAAACUGGUAAAUCUAAAGAAGUCAUAGAAACUGGUCAUGGAUUAGACACCAAGAAAAAGAAAAAAUAUAAUUUUUCUGAAUUAAGAUUAAUUGAAGCUUUACAAGAACCUAAUAUAUGUGAUAGAAUUUUAGAAUAUAGUGUACAUAAGGAGAAAACAGGAAUUGAGAGAUUUGCCAAAGGAAGAUCCCAAACCAUGGAAGCUUUACAUGGUCUUGUAAAUAAAGGAGUGAAGGUAGAAUUAGGAAUGCCACAUGAAAUGUGGGAUAAACCAUCUGUAGAAAUCACACAGAUGCAAAGAAAGUGUUAUGCUCUAGUAGAAGAAUAUGAUGAAGAUAUAGAAGAUUGGUAUUAUAAUCAUCAAGAUCAACCAUUCCUUGAUUAUUUCUGUAGAAAUCUGGUUUUAAAUCCGCAAAAUAAUGAAUGUUUAGAUGAAGACAUGCGGUCACAAAAUGAAGGGUCUAGUUCAGAAAUGAAAGGUGAUAAAGGUAAAAAGGAAGAGUUAUGAUAUACUAUAGGAAAGCUAGUACUACUACUUUCGUCAAGAUUGAAGUAUAAGUAUAAUAGUGAUUAUUGUAAAGUAAUAUCAAUGUCAUAAAAGUUGCAUUUAAUCAAUAUCCCAGAAGAUCAUGUAGACAUUAUUAAUAAGUGAAAUUUUUUCAUCUUGAAGGAUUCAUUUCAAGCUACUACAAACUUCCUACUAAUACCUUGACUGAAAAAGUCACCUUUCUUGUAUCAUGGAAGUUUGUAAAUGAAGCUCUGCAUCCUGUAAUACAAGAAUAGUGACUAUUGCAGUAAAUAUUUAAGUACAAAGUUUGUAAUCUCUGGACAUUGUGAAGAUAAAUACAAAUACACCAUUUAUUUCCAUCAUUUAUGUUGUGUAUUAUUUGUGAUAACUCCUAAAUAAAAUCUAGUAAAAGAUC